AUGGGUGGAGGAAUGGAAGCAAACAAGAACAAAUACAUUGAAGAAUGGGGCGCUGUUAGAGAGAAUCUCGAACACAAUUUCCGUUGGACUCGCCGUAACCUUCUUCUCGUUGGUAUCUUCGGUCUCGCUGUUCCCGUACUAGUCUACAAAGGCAUCGUCAAGGAAUUCCAUAUGCAAGAUGAAGAUAAUGGCAGACCAUACAGGAAGUUCAAGCCGUAA